CUUACUGUCACCACUAAAAUUAUCAUUUUGUUUAAUGCCGCGAUGUCUUCUAGCGAUUCCUAUGCCUCCGGGGCUUCCGGGGCUUCCGGGGCUUCCGUACGGAGCUAUAUUAUGGUUGAGCUCCUUCCUGAAGACCUCGCCGUCGCUUGCACUGCCGAUUGUACGCCGGAGCGGUACGAUAACAGUACAGUCCGGCCCCACGAACCCCCGGCCGUUGAACGCGGGCGGCCGGGCACCUUCAGACCCUUUGACGUACCGGCCCGGGGUGUUACGAGCAGGACAAGGCAACCAACUGUGGCACAAAGCAAAAGCUUCGAUAAUGAUGACUCCGGCAUCAUUGUCCCUUGUUCUGCAUUAUAUAGCUACGCGCCCACAGUGACAAGUUGCGGCGGGCGUAACAUGCCGAUCAGUUUCCUCUUUUUUCUACCCAACCUAAUAUUCCUUAAGAGAGUCAGCCGGCCGGACCAGUCAGCCGGACGUUUUUUUCUAAACACACUUAUGUCCAAACCACUUAAACCUUUGACGUGUAAAAUCUCAACAACCAUAAUGCCAAUCUACACCCAAGAAGACAAAGUCAUUCUUGCGAUUGAAGCGAUCCGAUCGAUACGCGCUGAUUCUAGAGGAUUUCCUUUGCGCCUUGGCGGUGUGGAAAAUAUGGCCAAUCUCCUGCUGCGAGUGCGUAAUGCCGAGCCUGUUGGCAAGCGAUAAGCCAGGCGGUUUGUGGACUCACAGCCUGCUCUGAAAACCAAGUUGAAUCGUCCAUACGAUUAUCAAAGGGCUCUUCAAGAAGACCCAGAGGUUAUUUCAAAGUGGUUUGUGUUGUUACGCAACAUGAUGACCAAGUAUGGAAUCCAAGAGGAGGACCUAUAUAAUUUCGACGAGACUGGCUUCAUGAUGGGCAUGAUCACCGCGUUAAUAGUAGUAAUACGCGCCGAUCGACGCGGCAAAGCAAAGUCUGUCCAGCCGGGUAACCGUGAAUGUGCUACAGUCAUUGAAUGUAUCAAUUCGGGCGGGUGGUGCAUCCCUCCGUUCGUGAUCGUCAAG